CUCUGCUCUAGUCAAGCCAUCUUGUACCGUGUAACUGAGACUCUUGCACGGUUUGCAUUUCACGCAGUUGCUCGAAGUCAAGAUCUGGCUCCUUGCAGAACCUGUGGAAGAUGUUUUGCACAAGAUGUCCUGCUGAGACAUGAUCCAGUAUGCAGGAAAGUCUUCAACAAGAAGCACAAGCCCUUCAGCUCUAUGAAGCAGAGACUGCAGGGAACAGAAAUCAUGACCAUUAAGAAGCAGCACCCACAAAAGUUAUGGAAAGAAACGGAAGUGCACAGAGGUUUAAAGCAAGAAGAAGAAUCUGUCAAGCAGAGGAGAAGGGAAGGUGUUCUCAACUGCAUCUUGAGUGCUCCAGUAAAGCAAGGCAAUCCUUCUCCUGUAGCAUAUAAACUGACACAAGUUGUUCCUUUCUUAUGGCCAGAUUAUAUUCAGUGUCCACACUGCUCACAAAGAUUUAAUGAAGCUGCAGCAGAGAGGCACAUAAAGUUCUGUGAAGAACAAGCCAUCUGCCAUGCGUUUGCUGCAAAGACCACCAGACCAGUGGGUAAGCAACUGGUGACUCAGAGGAAACCCCCAGCAGCUGCUGCAUUACCGCUUCAGAAGGUG